GCUCGAUCCGGGGGCGUCCUUCGAAACUCAUCCGCCUACAAGGCCGGAGGCCCAGAGGCCCCAGCACCUCGGGAGCUCCCAUGAGUGAACCCCUGGCCGAUAUCCCCGAUGACACCCCAAGCAAGGCAGUUAUUCAUCCUCUCAGCCUCUCCAGAAGUCGGAACAAGCACCCAGAGGGACCGUGGGACACCGACCCAUCAGUUUUCUGCCCAAAAACUGACAAUCGAGUCUGAAGCAGUAAUUAAUGGCCUUGGCCGAGGCAGGCGGGUGCUGUCCAGCGGCGGUGCCUACUGUGUGUGCAACUACGUACGGUCUAGGGUAGGGGGUGUGCAGCCUCUAAUUGGCUCAAACUGCCCUCCACGCGCCUGCAUCGCGACUUCCACCACAGCAUCAACACGCAGCAAGAAGCUGCCGAGCACCCAAGCUUGCCCUCGAAAAAGGCAACACGACUCUUCUGGAUUCCCCAUACCUGCCAUGAAGUCCUCUUCAUGGCGUUUGACACUCCACAAUAAGUCUCGUGGCUCUCUACCCGGAGCAAGACACAGAUGACCGAGCUCCACCAUGUCUCGAUUUCUCAUGCCCUCGGACGUCGGCCUCCUGGUCCUUGUCGAACUGUACACGGAAGGGGCCGUUCCUGGCCGCGGAAUCAUCCCUAUCCUGUCCUUCCUGGCUUCACACACCGGCACCGACGUGGACAGAGACCCGCCAGGUCCUCAGGGCCUCUGGCGAAAGGCUCAGGAUGACAUCGAUCUCGUCAAGUCCAUCAAGACCUUCGAGUCGCUUCUUCUCCCCUUCUCCGCUGCCGUCGGCCUGCCUGGCCGCCGACUCUGGGAUCUCUUCCUCUCCAAACUAUGGGCCAUCAACUCGUUGGACGCUUUACAUGAUUUCUUUGACAGGCGAGCAUCCCUCCUCGCUACCAAAAAAGAUAUACAGCACAUGAUCGAUCCCGAGCCAGCCGCCCAAACGAGUAGAAUACCCUUGUUGGCCAAUUCUCCCUUGGCCUUGUUCGUUCGGCGGGCACAGCUGGAAUUCAACAGGCUGCAGUUCUCAGAUGCGUCGGGCCUGUGGAAAGACCUGAUCGUCUACCGGCAACCAACAGCCUCGGCUUGGGCGAGACGCAAUCCGUCCUCAGGUGCUGCCCGGUUUGACAAGGUCCUCGAAAUCUGCAGCCAAGACUGGGGGGAUGGCGCCGCCUCGAUCGGGGCUAUUGCGUACGGAGAUCUGACCUCUUCUGACAUAGCAGUCAGCGCUCACUGCUUGGAUCGCUUGAUCGAGUUCCAAGUGGCUCAAAUGCAAAAAUAUGGUCUUCGAGUCCCUCGGAAAAUACAGAGACAAUUCUCUGGUCUCCUGGACUCGAGCCGCACAAACCCCAAACUUGGCCAUUAUCUCAGAUUCCUUGAGGCUUGGAAAUCAGGGGACUACCCCACAUCUUUUGACUACCUGCAUCGGUAUUUCGACUAUACCAUGCAGAACAGUGACAGAGAGCACUACCAUUAUGCAUUGUUGAAUCUCGCCGUGCUCCAAGCAGACUUUGGCUGCUAUAAGGAUGCUGUAUCUACCAUGCUGGAGACGAUUGCGACCGCCCGAGAGAAACGAGACCAGAACUGUCUCAACUUCUCCCUCAACUUCUUCUACAACUUUGGUCUGGCGCAUCCAGGCCUGGUGGAAGAUCUGGAGUCGACCAGCAUGAGUGCCACUGGAAGAGAGACCCUCGCAUUUCUUCGCGUGAAAGCAAAAGAAACGGGCAUGUGGUCGACCUGGAGUUCUGCAUUGCUGAGCGAGGCCAAGCAGGGUCUGCUGAGUGGCGAUAGCAUUGCCACUGCCCUCGAGAACAUCGCACGCAGCUCGCAUCUCCUGGUCGAACGGAAUCUUGUCAACAUGAUGGGCACCCACGUCUCACUGAACAUUGCCCUCUGGGACAGGGUCGGUGUCGCCUUCCUCUCCAAGAUGAUGUGUGAGACCUUUCUCCGCUGCCAUGCGCCAAAUGUCAUGCUUGAUGAUACAUUGAAGAUCACAUGUCGGCUAGCAAGCCUCCUGGCAACCAAGGGCAAGUAUAACGAGGGAAUGCAGUUGCUCGAGAAUAUCGAUGAGGACUCCCUGCGGACGUGGAGAGCGAAGAAAUAUUGGCAGAACUUGCGCGCGCUGGUGAGGCUGCGCAGAGACCUCCACCGCAAUGACCUAGAUGGAGUUGAAUACCUCCUCUCGCAGAUUAUGCAGUCCAAACCCGACGAUCUUGAGUCCGACCUCACGUUCGUCGUCGACUCGCUACACUACGAGCUGCUCGUGCGACGUGGCGACCUUCAGUCGGCCUUUGCCAAGGUCGAGCAGCUCAUCUCCGACAGCCACUCCCAAGACAAAGACGUCAGCAUCCGCACACGCCUGCUCCUCAUGAAAGCGCUGCUGUUCCAAAAGGCGGGGCGUCCCCAGCGCGGCUUCUCCGUGGCUAUGCGCGCUGCCAAACUUGCGUGGCAGGCGCGGCUUAUGAACCUUCUGUGGCAAUCCAUUGGUACUCUAGCAGAGGUGCUUAUUUCGCUUAAUGAGUUCGAGGCCGCAGAGAGGCUCCUCUUGGUAGUCAUACCGCGGUGUCUCGAAUGCGACGGGUCCUAUAUGGCUGCGACCAUGUAUUCCAGCCUCGCAGAUGCUUAUGUCGGCGCCGCGGGCAAGAUGGCGCCGACAACUGGCGUUGGUCGUGGGCCGUCCAAGAGGAGGACAGAAUACCUCAGCAAGGCCAUGGGAGCUCUGAGACGAGCGUUUGACUUUUUUGCGGCCGUUGAGGAUCUACAGAAAAAGCUUGAGGUGACGGCUAAGAUGUCGACGAUCAUGAGGAUAAGAGGCGACCUGAGGGUUUCGAAUGACCUGGCAGCCAAAUACCUCGAGCUCAGGAGCGAGCGGAUGAAGACAUGACGUCCGAAUUGUCGUAGAGGGAGCCACAUGCUUCAUCGUCAGUCGCCGGCAUCCAAUCAAUCCUUGGAAUGGCGAACGGGCCCUAUAUGCAUCCAUCGCAGCAAUAUCAGCUCUUCCUCCAUACGCAUGCAUCAGAUGACGGGCUGCGCGGACCGGGGCGAAGCAAUGCAGUGUCAUCCCAAUCCAUGUGUCCUCAUUCGACGGGUAGUAAUUAGAGAUCACAUAGGCGAGCGAAACUGCAAGCUUCCAGCGAGCAGGCUGCCGUUGAUACAUAUGACGUGACCGAAUAGAACUGAAGACGCAUGAACAUCACA